GGUCGGAAUCCCGCGAAAUCGAGUUCAGGCGAGAGCGGCUGACCCCAGAUCCAGCGCGACCAGAUCCGGCUCGACCAGAUCAUCCCUCAACAAUCCAUUCCCGUCCGCCAUCUACCGCCCAUGGCAGACAGAUACGCUCACAGUGACGAUGAAGGUGAUCAGGAUCCACCGCACGAUCCUGGCUUUAUCGACGACAUUUCCACCGAUACAUCCGACUCGGACAGCGACGGCGAUGACAACCUCGACGCCUCGAUGGCCGACCUGGCUCCCAAGCAACCCGGUUCAGCGGAAGUCUCGGAAAACAAUCGCCAGUCGGUGGCUGGGCCUGAUGAAGCCUCGCCAAUGCCGCUCGAUGUCGCUUUUGGCGCUUCGGUCCCUGCGCCGACCGGUAUGGGCGAGGAGAACCCCGAGCUCAAGCAGCUCGAUGAGAGCCUCCUUGCCAACCCAUAUCAAUACGAGCUUCACAUUAAGCGCAUCCGACUCUUGCAAAGCACCGCCGAACCCAAUCGACUCCAGGGAGCCAGAGAGGCCAUGAGCACGUACUACCCCCUUACAGAAGACCUGUGGCUCGAGUGGAUCGACGACCUCUGUCGCCUGGACUCAAGCAUAUCUGGAAAGCAGGCCGCGGCGGCGCUCUUCGAUCGGGCGAUUCAAGACUAUUUUUCUGUACGAGUGUGGGCGGCCUACUUGCGAUUUGUCUGCAACGAGUAUCUCGUCAGCCACGGGCUCAAGCUCGUACACGAGGAUAUCGACGACAGCGAUGACGAGGACGGCGACGAAGGCGACGAAGAUCAUCUCAGCCACGACGGGGAAUUGGGCAUUCGAAAGCAUCCGUAUCUCGUAUCGGAUCGCUGGAUCGCAUUGGAUCAAGUCCGAGAAGUUUGCGGACGGGCCGUUAACGCUGUAGAGCUGCAUCCGACCGAGGGCCAGCAAGUGUGGACCAUUCACUUUCGCUUCGAAGUCCGGCUUCUGGAGAAUGGCCAAUCGUCAGUCGAGACAGUUCGACAUGUGCUGCUCAAACGACUGCAGGUCCCUCACCAGGAAAUCGAUGAAACGUUCUCAAAGUACUCCUCCUUCGAGACAAAGUACGACGGCGCAAACUACGAAAAACGCUUGCGAUCGGCCCAGCCGAGCUACAGCAAGGCAAAAGCCGAGUUUGAGGCUCGGGAGCCCUAUGAACGCCGCCUGUCUGAGUCCAAGUUGGGGCUUGCCGAAUUCGUCGACUACAUUGACUACGAGAAAACCGUCAAGCCCGUCAACAAAAUGCGUGUGCGCCUUUUGUUCGAGAGGGCUGUGACGGUCCACUGUCUGCAUCCCAUGCCCUGGGAUCUUUUUAUCUCCUUUCUGAUGGCAAACAUGAGAAUCGCCAAUGUGAUUCUCUCUGUCGCCAACAGGGCCGUUCGCAAUUGCUCGUGGUCUGUAGACUUAUGGGGCCACCUCUUGAGGGCGCAGGAAGAGUUUGCCACGACAGAGGAAGUCGAAGAUACCUUCCGGCGCGCCAUCGGCUUUCUCUCGGCCAAUUCAAACAUUGACGAUCUGGUGAAGAUCUGCGAGGCGCGAAUUGCGUUUCAUCGCCGUCGGCUGACCGCCGGGCCAGGACAUUUGAACCAGGAAGCCAUGGACACCAUUCGACAGAUAUAUCAGGACUCGAUUUCGUCGAUUGCCCAGCAUUUGCCUCCCGGCGACCCCUACUAUCGUCUCCAGCGCAGCUGGAUCCGUCUCGAGCACCGUGUAUUUGGCGAGACCGACAGGGCUCGCUCUCUUUACAAGGAGCUCGUCGAACAAAACAGCAAGUCGAGCACGCUGUGGCUGGACUACAUUGAGUUCAUGAGAAACCUCGGUGCAGCCGCAAGCGAAAUCGUCGGCCUCUUCAAGGUCGCUGUCAACCACAAAACCGAUUGGCCAGAGACCAUCUUCACGGCCUGGCUGUCCUUUGAACAGGAAAGUGGAUCAAUCGAAUCCUACUACGAGGCGUAUAACCGCAUCAAGAAGGAGACGCGGGCGGUGGAGCUUCAGCGCCAAAAGGAAGCCAAGGCUCUCGAAGUCCAAGCGCAGAUGGAAGCCGAGCUUGCGGAACGCGAGGCCAAAAAGACCCAGAGGCAGAAAGAUCGCGAACGAACGUAUCGUCUCCGACGGCGCGAGCAGGACAAGCUCAAGGAAAGGCAAAAUAAGCGAGCUCAUGCCGGCGAUGACGAUUUCGCAGUCGAAAAGCGACAGAAAGUUGAACGAGAGACUGAGGAGGAAGACCAAUUCAAGCCCGUUGAUCAGUCCAUGGCUGGCAAUAUGGUUUGUUGCUCAGGCUACCAGGGCGAGUGGACUGAGGCCCAACUGGAGGAGCAUUUCUCAGAGCACGGGCACAUCAAAGACAUCAUCCCUAUCGUGGAUCCCGACACCAACGAACCAGAGACCCUAAUUGAAUUCUACGAUGUGGCAUCGUGUCGCUCGGCAAGCGCCGAGCACGAGGUUCUGAUUGCCCCUGGCAAGGUCAUGAAGGUGCUCCGUUGCAUUCCGCUGCAGCGAACAUGGAACUUUGUCGAUGUUGACAUCAAAAACAAGAUCUUUAUCAAGAACCUGUCGCAGAGCAUGCGGCAGCGCACACUCCGCGAAAUCUUUUCGCAGUUUGGCGCUGUCAAGGAAGUCCGCCUUAUGCAGAGCAGAAAUGGCUUGAACAACUUUGCCUACUUGGAGUUCCAAAGCGAGGAGGCAGCAUCCAAGAGCCUGAGUCUGGACAAGACCGAGAUCGAGCCAGGCAGAUUCGUUGGCGUCGCUCUCUCGGCCCCUCCUGGAGCCAAGGCGAGCCACAAUCAAGCCGAUCCCAAGCAGCUCUUUGUGGCCAACUUGCCCAAGAAAGACUUCACCGAGGCCGAUCUGCGCGAGUUAUUCAAAGAGGCCGGCCAGAUCAAGAGCGUGCGCCUGCUGCGUACCCAAGACCAAGCUCUACGGGGACUCGCCUUUGUGGCAUUCCACACCGAGGAAGCUGCGCAAAUAGCCCUUCAGGUGGACGGCAGCCUGGUCCAGGGCCGCAAGAUUGCCGUUAGUGUCUCCGACCCCAACAGCAAGGGAAAGAAAGGCGGCGCAAGAAAUGUCAACGCCCCCGAUAACAACGCCGGUGGUUUUCGGGGCUCGACGCAAAAGCCUCGCCCCGGUCUUGGCUUCCAAGGAACGGCUCAAACGCGAGCUCCGGCUCCGGCUGCCGCUGCAAGCUCUGCGCAAGCCGGCUUCUUUCUUCCAACUGUGCUGCAGCGCAAACCGAGACUCGAUGUGCCGCGCAAACCUAAAGCUGCACCAGCGGCAUCGCCAAUGGCCGUCGAUGAGCCGCUGGCACCCACCCCUGCCGAAAAGGGAGCCCCAAAGGAAGGAAAGUCCCAGGAUGACUUUCGUAAAAUGUUCCUCAAGAAGUAGCUGUAUGUGAUGAUGUGUGGAAUGGCCGCUCCUCAGCGGGCUCCCAUGACUCGGCGCAGGUCUGGACCAAUACAGAGUAGCUCGCCUGGGCAGAUGACGAGUCGGUUA